AUGAUUUGUCAAAAUCUUGAAAAAUAUAUAAAAUUUGAGUGGUUCCAAAAUUGGAAAAUUUUGAGAAUAAGGAAGAGAAAAAGAGAAGGUUAUAAAAUAAGUUGAACCGAGUAAAGAAGUCAAUCUUAAUAAUUUCAAGAUCUAUUUAAUAGGAAAGGAAGGAGAGCUAUCAAUAUUUGAAGAAAAACUCCAUUUCUAGAGGAGAGAAGAAUAUAUAUACUUAAAAGGAAAUUAAUGGUAUACUACAGAAACAGUAGAUAUCCUCGGUAUCACUGGAUCUGCAGUUCUCCUUAGCCCCUAGUAAAGGUGGAAAAUCCGAUUAGAAAUAUUUUAGUAAAAUCCUUCCAGAGAGUUAAAACGAAAUUAAUUUAAAAUAAUGA